UGGCGGGUUCAGGCUGAGGGCAGGAGCACGGUGCUCACACCGCUUAUUUCUUUGCUGUUUUAAGAAUACGUAGAGAAGCCACUGAAGCUGGUGCUGAAAGUUGGAGGAAGUGAAGUCGCUGAGCUCUCUACUGGAAAUGCAGGACUCGAUUCUAGCCUGUAUGAAGACAAAUCCGAACAUGAAAAACACAAGGACAGAAAAAGGAAAAAGAGGAAGAAAGGAGAAAAACAAGUUCCUGGAGAAGAGAAGGAGAAAAGAAAGAGAAAAGUUAAGGAAGAUAAACGGAAACGAGAACGAGACCCUGCAGACAGUGAGGGAGAACAGGAAAUGAAAUGUCAAACCCCCAUCAGAUUGGAAUUGCCACCAGAGAAACCAUUGACAAGUACAUUGUCAAAACAGGAAGAGGUGGAGCAGACACCACUUCAGGAAGCUCUGAAUCAACUGAUGAGACAGCUGCAGAGAAAGGAUCCAAGUUCUUUCUUUUCAUUUCCUGUGACUGACUUUAUUGCUCCUGGCUAUUCCAUGAUCAUUAAAAAUCCAAUGGAUUUUAGUACCAUGAAGGAGAAGAUCAAGAAUAAUGGGUACCAGUCCAUAGAAGAAUUAAAGGACAACUUCAAACUGAUGUGUACUAAUGCAAUGAUUUACAACAAACCAGACACCAUUUACUACAAAGCUGCAAAAAAACUGCUGCACUCAGGGAUGAAGAUACUGAGCCAGGAGAGAAUUCAGAGCCUGAAACAAAGUAUAGAAUUCAUGGCUGACCUGCAGAAGACAAGGAAGCAGAAGGACAAGCCAGAACUGCAGCAAACUGGCGAAGAUGAAAAUGGUCCUGGAAAAGACAAAGGAGAACCUGUGGAUGGUGAUCCCAAAGCAUUCAAAACACCUGGCAAAGAACACAAAAAGAAGGACAAAGAUCUACUUGAAGACAAAUUGCGGAGCACUAACUUGGAAAGGGAACAAGAGCAGAUUGAUCGUAUUGUUAGAGAAUCUGGAGGGAAGUUAACAAGACGGCUUGCAAACAGCCAGUGUGAAUUUGAAAGAAGAAAACCAGAUGGUACAACGACUCUGGGCCUUCUUAAUCCAGUUGACCUUACUGCAGGAGAGCCAGGUUACUGUCCUGUAAAGCUGGGUAUGACAGCUGGAAGGCUUCAGUCAGGAGUUAAUACAUUACAAGGUUUCAAGGAAGAUAAAAGAAACAAGGUUACUCCAGUGACAUACUUGAAUUACGGACCCUAUAGUUCUUAUGCUCCGACAUAUGAUUCCACAUUUGCCAACAUAAGCAAAGAAGAUUCUGACUUAAUCUAUUCAACAUACGGGGAAGAGUCUAAUCAAGGAUCUUUCAGUAUCCAUGAUUUUUUGAUGAAAUCACAAGAUUACCCUUUCUUAAUGGCUGAUAGUUUGCUUGAUGUUCUAACUAAAGGAGGACACUCUAGAGCUCUCAGAGAACUGGAAGUGCCAUCGGAGGAAGCUGAAAGCUCACAUGAAAGAAGCAAUGCAAUGAAAGAUGUAAAGGUUAUGGAAAUUGAUAUUGCUGCCAGGUUGGACUCUACUAAUAAUGACAGACUUACAGCACUAAAAGCAGUUACAAACUUUGGCAUGCCUAUAGAAGAGUUUGAUUCUGAGGAGGCUGAAAUCUUCCAGAGGAAACUUGAUGAAACAACAAAGCUGUUGAGAGAACUCCAGGAUGCUCAAAAUGAACGACUAAGUACAAAACCACCCCCUAAUAUGAUUUGUCUUCUGGGUCCAUCUUACAGAGAGAUGCACUUGGCGGAGAGAGUAACCAAUAACCUGAAAGAACUUGCACAACAAGUGACUCCAGGUGACAUUGUUAGUACAUACGGAAUCCGGAAAGCAAUGGGAAUUUCAGUUCCCUUACCUGACACGGAAGACAGCUGGGUAGAUUUGACAGAGGACUUUCAAGAACCUAAGAAGACUGUCACCAUCCCAGAAAGCGAGUGUGGCCCGGUCACAGUCUGAGGCUCUGGUCCAGUUUACAG